AUGCCGCCAAAACUUCGCUACAUUUUCGCCAAAUGCUGUUUUGAUUUGUCGAAAAUGGAGGAUUGUCAAAAUGCACUUUUUGUGAACAAGAAUCUGGUGAAAUUCGCGCGGAACUAUUGGAAGACGAGGAAGUUGCACCACAUGCUCGUUUUUUGUAUUCUGCGUUGCUAUGGUGAGACUGAAAGUGCUGACAAAUUGUAGUUUUAUUGAGAAAAUGAUGAUUUUUUUCAGAACCAUCUGAUUUUUGUUCAAAGUUCAUCCCAAAACCCUAAAAAAAGUUCGCGAAUUUCUGCAAAAUUCGAAGAAGCUCAUCGGCAGAAAGCUGCGAUCCAGCGAAAACAGUGUCAGAAUGCGAAACAAUUCUACAAAAUCGUAUUUUGAUGUGAGAGUGUGAUUAGUAGUUAUGUCAAAUAUGGCGGGAAGAAUCUGGAAUCUUUAUAAGUGAACAUCGAAAGAAGAUUUAUGAGAAUUCGAAGAUUUUGGUGACAAAUGAAGAGGAAUUGGUGAAUAGUGAGUUUUUUUGAAUUGACACCUCGAAAAUUGGUCAGGGUCAAUCCUCAUGAAAUUUCGCUUUGAAAGACACCCAACAUGAAUAUAAUCUGAGGAAUUCCUGAAACUGAUUAUGGGUUGCUGCGGAUCAGCUUAUAGAGUAGUGGAUACGGAGUUUCCUCAAUUUGGGCUCUGAAAUUACAGAAGCUCCUAUCGUAAUUUUUUGCGCCGAAAACGAUGAAAAUAUAGGUUUUCCUCAAUUUUCCCUUUCAGAACCAUCUGCAAAUCUUCUUCUUCAACUUCUCAAACAACAACUCUAAAUCGAUUUUUAGCCCGAAGAAAAAGUUCGCGAAUUUCUGAGCAAAAUCAAGCUCGAAACUGGAAAAGUAUCGGCUAGACAAGCUGCGACUCCAGCGAAAACAGUUUUUCGACAAAUGUCACUAGAACUACACAAAGUUCAAGAAAUCGAAGGUGAGAGAGUGAUUUUGGGAUGAAAAAUGGGAGAAGUCUGGAAUUUUGAGCUAUGGAGCUCCAGAAACUGAUUUUUAGCUCGAAAAUUGGUCCCAGCGGUCAUUUUUGACAUAAAAUUCGAAUUUGGGGUCAAAAUUGAGCUCAGGAGCUCCUGAAAACGAUUUUUUGCUCGAAAAUUGACCUCAGAGCUCAUUUUCAACCUCAAAUUCAAAUUUUCGCUCAUAAUCAAGCUCAAGGAGCUCCUGAAACUCAAUUUUAUUGUUAGCUUGAAAAUUGGUCCCAGGGGUCAUUUUUGACAUAAAAUUCAGAGUUUGGCUCAAAAUUGAACUCAUUUUAGGCUCCUGAAAUCAGCCGGAUUUUUAGCUCCAAACCCAUUGGUCCCAGGAUCAAGGUUUGAUAUAAACAUGAAACUCGAAUUUGGGGCUCGUCAUCUUCAAUCUUCAAGCUCCAAAACUACUUGAAUUGAUUUUUAGCUUAAAACUCCCAUGACCCAAGAACUCAUUUUGAGCCUGUUCCCCAUUCAAAUUCCACAUCUUGCUCAAAAUCUAGCUCCAAAAAUAUCGACAAUUCUGAAAUUGAUUUGGCGUUAGCUCGAAAAUUGGCCCCAUGGGUCAUUUCAAUUGACAUAAACCGAUUCAGAGUUUGGCUCAAAAUUGAACUCAUUGGCUCCUGAAAUCGAUUUUUAGCUCCAAAUUAUUGGUCCCAGGAUCAAGGUUUGAUAUAAAUGGAAGUGUCGGAAUUUGGGGCUCAAAAUUGCUCCAAAACUACUGGAAUUGAUUUUUAGCUUAAAAACUGGGUGACCCAAGAACUCAUUUUGAGCCUGUUAUUCAAAUUUUUGCUCAAAAUCUAGCUCCAAAACUUCUGAAAUUGAUUUUUAGCUCGAAAAUUGGUCCCGCAGGUCAUUGAUCUAAAUCAUAAAAUUCAGAAGGUUUGGCUCAAAAUUAAGCUCAUUGGCUCCUGAAAUCGAAGGUUUUUAGCUAAAAAUAAAAAAAAUCGAUAUUGACCUCAGAGCUCAUUUUUGACAGAAAACUUGACUUUUUGCUCAAAAUCAAGCUGAAAAUUUGGAAUUUCUAGAAAAAUCCCAAAAUUCUGACCUAAAAUGUCAAUUUUUCCAGCAAAAAUGGAGGUUCUAUCAAGUGAUACUGAAAAUGUGCACAUGCCCAGGGAACUCGAGGAUCCACAAUUUCUUCAACAAAUCGAGCAGCUGGAGCUAUUCCAAAGGUGAGAUUUUUGCUGAAAAUCGGCUGAAAAUCAGUUUUCUGAUGAUUUUUAGCCAAAAGCGGAAAAACCCUAUUUUUCAGACACAUCCAACUCGUUCUUCAACCCGAAAUUCUGACGUGGCAAAAAUGCUGA